AUGUCGGUGUCCUCCAAGUCCACGAUCGACAGCAAGGUCACGGGCAGCAGCGCUCCUUGCAUCCAAGCCGCCAGACCCGGCCGCGUCGUCUCGCCCACUAGGACCGACAUCACCGUGACCAAGGUCGACAUCCACACAACAAGUGCUGACGCAAAACUUCUAGCAUCCGCCAACGGGGGUACCACCUCGCCUCCCAACCGCGCCUCUCCUGUGCCAAACCAGGCCAGCGUUCCCAAUGGCAAGCCCGCGUCUCCUUUGGUUGCGACAAGCAACGCCAUGCCUAACGGCGGCACUCCAGCCCCUCAGACCGUGACCUCGAAAGACCCGAAAGCGGCAGCUCAGGCAGCGAGUGAUAUGAGGAACAUUGUGCGCAGGAAGCUCACUGGUUACGUCGGCUUCGCAAACCUGCCGAACCAGUGGCACCGCAAGAGUGUACGCAAGGGCUUCAACUUCAACGUUAUGGUCGUUGGCGAGUCUGGCCUUGGCAAGUCUACUCUUGUGAACACGUUGUUCAACACCUCCCUCUACCCGCCGAAAGAACGCAAGCAGCCCUCCCUCGACUUCGCACCCAAGACCGUCAGCAUACAAUCCAUCAGCGCCGACAUUGAGGAGAACGGCGUCCGUCUUCGUUUGACUGUGGUCGAUACUCCUGGCUUCGGUGACUUCGUAAACAACGACGAUUCGUGGCGGCCGAUUGUCGAGAACAUUGAGCAGCGAUUCGACGCCUACCUGGACGCGGAGAACAAGGUGAACCGCAUGAACAUCGUCGACAACCGCGUGCAUGCUUGCGUCUACUUCGUGCAGCCGACUGGGCACUCUCUCAAGCCUCUCGAUGUCGAGGUGAUGCGGCGACUUCAUACCAAGGUCAACCUCAUUCCCGUCAUUGCCAAGGCUGAUACUCUUACCGAUGAGGAGAUUGCGAACUUCAAGCAGCGUAUCCUCGCAGAUAUCCACCACCACAGCAUUCACAUCUUCGAGGGCCCGCGAUACGAGCUCGACGACGAGGAGACGAUCGCCGAGAACAACGAGAUCAUGUCCAAGGUCCCAUUCGCAGUCGUGGGCGCGAAUAGUGAGGUCUCCACACCAGAAGGUCGCAAGGUCCGCGGCCGUCGCUACCCGUGGGGUGUGAUCGAAGUUGACAAUGAGGACCACUGCGACUUCGUCAAGCUGCGCCAAAUGCUCAUCCGAACGCACAUGGAGGAGCUCAAGGAGCACACCAACAACUUCCUCUACGAGAACUACCGCAGCGACAAGCUUACCAACAUGGGCGUGGCACAAGAUCCUAGCGUGUUCAAGGAGGUCAACCCAGCGGUGAAGCAAGAAGAGGAGCGCAGCCUGCACGAGCAGAAGCUGGCAAAGAUGGAGCUCGAGAUGAAGAUGGUGUUCCAGCAGAAGGUGCAGGAGAAGGAGAGCAAGCUCAAGCAGUCGGAAGAAGAGCUGUACGCCAGGCAUCGUGAGAUGAAGGAGCAGCUCGAUCGCCAGCGACAGGAGCUCGAGGAGAAGAAGUCACGGAUUGAGAGCGGGCGGCCAGUCGAGGAGAAGGGGAGGAAGAAGGGUGGCUUCUCGCUGAGGGGUUAG